UGUCGUAAAGAUAAUGUUUUGGUGAAGCUCUGUGACCACUGGUGUCCUCUACGCUUAACUGCAUUAACCCAGUUUAUACAUUCAUAAUUUCCUCUGCGAACCACCACAAUCCGAAGUCAUGGCAGGUACUUUGGCACGUAAAGCUGUUGACCACCUUAAAAGCAAGGAGUUCAGAGACUAUUUGAUGAGCACACACUUCUGGGGACCUGUGGCCAACUGGGGUCUGCCCAUUGCUGCCAUCAGUGACAUGAAGAAAAGCCCUGAGAUUAUCAGUGGCAGAAUGACCUUUGCUUUGACCUGCUAUUCCCUCCUGUUUAUGAGGUUUGCAUACAAAGUUCAGCCAAGGAAUUGGCUCCUCUUUGGUUGCCAUCUAACCAAUGAGACCGCCCAGCUCAUUCAAGGAUCACGACUUAUCAAAUACAACAUGGAGAAGAAGUCUUCUUAGUGAUGGACAAAUGCAAAAUAUAUAGUUUCAUUAGGAAAUCGGCAUGGUUUUACCCUAUGGUUUUUGUGUGUAUGACCAUGUUUAUCUCAUUGCAUACCUAUGUAAAACUCUUAACUUAAUUUUUUUUUUAAAUUUAGAUUAAACUGCUGUUGACGAUCACCAUGCCUGUUUCUUCCGGUAUAUAAGGUCAAUGAAUAGAUUUGUUUUGCAUAAUGCUUUUUACGCACAAACAAAUUAAAUGGAAUGGAAUCUAGUGAGGCCCUGUUACUGAUGGGAUCCUUUUAAAGAGAGGGUCUAUUACACAAAUAUUUACUGUUUAUGUCCUCAUUUUAAUAAAUGUGUUAGCAAUACCAAUAACACAAUCUUUAACAGAAUGUACAGGCAAUAAAAGUUGUACUCUGGUGUGUUGCCAUGGAAACAUUAUUCCUGAAUAUAAUGAAUAAACCCUUAUCUAUGUACCAUGAAUUAAACUUCCUCUUACACUGACCAUAAUUUAUAAUAAACUGUCUGAUAUCCAUGAA